AUGAGCGCCACAUAUGGUCACGGCAAAGCAUCUUGGCAUUUCCAAGAGCUACCUACCGAGGUCAAGAAUCUUAUAAUGGAAGAAGUCUCAUUGCUCCCGGAAUCUUACAAGAAUCUCCUUAAUUUGGCGCAGACAUGCAAAGAACUUUGUAGCCACGCACUGUCUCAGCUCUACCUCAAAGAUGUUAGAGACUCACUGAGACUCGGUUUUGACUUGAAUAUGCCUUUAGGCCUUCAAUGGGCCUGCUGGUUUGGGGUGUUGGAAGGAGUAAAAAUGUCGUUGAUAGAAAACGGCGUUCACCCGGAUGCUCCAGAUGGAAAGAGUCUUCCACCUUUGGCUUAUUCAUUGAACGAAGACGUGGUCAAGUUUCUUAUCGAAAAGGGAGCAAACAUAGAUGUGACUCAUGGUACAGAUGAGACGGCAUUGUGUCACCUCAUAUCCUGGGGCCCAAGGAACCAAGGCGACUGGCAAAGGGAGUUCAAUGUAACUCGAGGUAACGGUGCUCUCAACCCACUGGACACUCGUCAAGACCAGCUCGGUGCAAUCCGGUAUCUCAUCCUGAAUACCCAUGCGGAUAUCUAUGCAAAUAGAAUCACCAGAGUCAGCCCCCUACUCGUGGCCAUACAAACACGGUACACUGAAGUCGUACAACUUCUUCUGGACGCCGGUGCUUCACCAAACCCAAUCAGCACCGUGACAAACGAGAAGAGGCUCCUACUUGCGGAUGCUUUAAGAUUAAGUCAGAACCACUGUGUUGUUAACAAGCUUCUAGCAUUCAAAGCCGAAGCUGGUGUCAAACAAAUAUCUGACCAAAACCUUACCAAGAAAGACGGCGAUCAACUCCCGAUCAUGAAUCUUACAACAUACGACAGUAACCCCCGAUAUGCCAAAGAAGAGGUUGAUAUGGCAGAAAAAAUCUGCAAGGAGAUCAAGUAUUUCGAUAGGAUUGUCGACGGGCAUCCACCUUUGUGGCAUUAUGUCAGGAAAGGACGAUUAGAUAUUGGUCAAGUCUUGAUAAGAAACGGAGCAAGUCCCCAACUGGCUGGUGUCAAGGUUUCAGAGGACAUUCUAGAGCUCGUAGCAGACUGA